AUGGAAGGAGCAGCAGUGGUCGCGCGCACGUUGAAGGCACUCGAGGUCACCGAUGUGUUUGGUGUUGUUGGGCGGCCGGUGACCAACAUCGCCAUGAUGGCACAAGCCGAGGGCAUUCACUUCUGGUCCUUCCGCAAUGAGCAAGCCGCCAGCUAUGCUGCGGGCGCUGCGGGCUACAUGACGGGACGUCCCGCUGUGUGUUUGGCCGUGUCGGGUCCGGGCGUGGUGCACGCGCUGGCCGGCUUGGGCAAUGCAUGGGCCAACUGUUGGCCGAUGGUCCUCAUCGGUGGCGCCACCUCGACAGACCACAGCGAAAUGGGCGGAUUCCAGGAAGCGCCGCAAAUCGAAACCGUGAGGCCCUACGUCAAGAUGGCCUGCAGGGCCGAAUCCCUUGCUCGUGUGCCCUUCUACAUCGAAAAGGCUAUCCGUGUGGCUAUGUAUGGCAGGCCCGGGCCGACCUAUGUUGAGCUGCCUGCCGAGGUGAUCUACGAUUUGAUGGACGAGUCCAAGCUGGUGCUGCCGCGUCCCGUCCCGCCUCCUCCGCUGACCUUCGCCGACCCCAAGUCCGUCCGUGCGGCUCUGGAGCUCCUCAAGACUGCCAAGAACCCGCUCGUCAUUGUGGGAAAGGGCACUGCCUACGCUCGUGCUGAGGCGGAAGCCACUCAUUUUGUCGAAAAGACCGGCCUUCCGUUCCUUCCCACGCCGAUGGGCAAGGGAGUGCUGUCCGAUGAGCACUCGCAGUCCGUUGCGGCCGCACGCAACCUCGCGCUGCAGUCUGCUGACGUCAUCCUCCUCCUCGGCGCCAGGCUGAACUGGAUUCUGCACUUUGGCCAGACUCCCCGCUACAACAAGGACGUCAAGUUCAUUCACGUGGAGAUCGCGCCCGAAGAGCUGAACAAUUCUGUUCGCGCCGAGGUUGCCCUUGCUGGCGAUAUCAAGGCCGUCCUGACUCAGCUCAACGAUCUCCUCGCCAAGAGCCCCUUCCAGUUCCCGAAGGCGAGCCCUUGGUGGAACGCUCUGAAUGACAAGGUGGCGAAGAACAAGGCCGUCAACGCCAAGCUGUGUGCUGAUGAACGGAUGCCACUGUCCUAUUAUAGGGCUCUCAAGGGAGUGCACGACACUCUCCCCCACGAUGCCAUCAUCGUCUCCGAGGGCGCCAACACGAUGGACAUCGGUCGUACGAUCUUUGACAACAGAUUGCCUCGUCAUCGCCUUGACGCCGGCACGUGGGGCACGAUGGGCGUUGGCAUGGGCUUUGCCAUCGCCGCCCAGGUCGUCCACCCUGGGAAGAAGGUGGUAGCCAUCGAAGGCGACUCUGCCUUUGGUUUCUCGGGCAUGGAGAUCGAGACCAUGUGCAGGUAUGGCCUCAAUGUCUGUACGGUCAUCAUCAACAACAAUGGCAUCAGCAUGGGCGUCGAGGAUCUGUCCGGCUUUGAGAAGCCCAACGUACCGUUCUUUGUCUACACUCCCCAGGCACGCUAUGAGAAGCUGAUCGAAGCUUUCGGCGGAAAGGGCUACUAUGUGACCAAACCCGAGGAGAUCGAGCCGGCCAUGCGGGACGCCCUGGCCCAGAAGUGCCCCACCAUCGUCAACAUCAUGAUCGACACAGCGGCUACACGCAAGCCCCAGGAGCACCCCUUCGAGCUGGGCGCCACCCUUGGCGGCAAGGCCAAGCUGUGA